ACUAUAUUUUGCUUGAAUUUGGUUAAGCCAUUUUGAAAACAAAUUGCAAGACGCGAACUCGUUGAUAGUUUUUUGAAUCAAGUUUUUGCUUUAGAAAAGAAGUAUCAUGCUUUUGUUGAACCAGCAUCAAUCUUAAUAUUUUUGAUAAUUGCUCAUUGAGUUUUAUCAAAAAAAAGUGGUUUCCAAUGUUUUUUCGAUUGCUGCCAAAAACUACAUCAGGCACCUUGAAGGGUAGACUUGAAACUCAGAACACGAGCAAUCUUGUUGCGGUUUUCAUUUCUUAAUUCGAUGAUUUGCGGUAUCGAAAGAUUACAGAAGACAGAAAUUAUAUUACAGCAGAAUUUCAAUAAAAAGAACCUCCGGCAAACAAAGCUCAGCUCCAAUACUCCGAUAUCCUCAAGCCGGAUAUUAUUUGGUACACCCUGUUGGCGCAAAUGGUUAGACUAAAAACAAACAAUUUUAGCCUUUAGCUCAUUCAGAAGAUUUAAAGAAAUAAUUUGCAUAAAUAACUUCUUUUAAGGACCAAAUUGUUUAGAUCCUACCCAACAGAGUCAGAUUUGAAUAAAUAAACAAUCUGCAGAGUUGUUAAAGUUGCAGAUAAGACUACGCUUGCUGAAUUUUCAAGUACUCUGCAAACUUUUGAGCUGGAUUAUCUUACAAAAUGUUACAUUGACCUGAUAAAAGAAGAAAAACGGUUACGGCGACCGUUUUCCUAUCAAAAAGUUUUGAGAAAUCAAUUGCGAUAAAUCAAUAGCAAACGAGUUUUACUCAAUUCCCACUAUCAAAUUCAGUAUGUGUAUUUAAAAAAACCGAAAAAGUAAAAACGAUUUAAAACAUUUUGUAAAAUUACGUAAGCCAAAAUAUUUCAACCAAAUAUGAAUAUCCAUAUUUGACCUGAAACUGAGUCUGACAAUCACCUCAUAGUUACCCCUGGGAGUUAUACAGCAAACAAUUUGUAGAUUUUCCCAUUUUUGAACAGGGCAAACGCAAAAAUUUUACAUUAUCUUUCUUGUCCUUAUGUUUGUGAGUUUAUACAUCUGCCAUACUUUUUGAUCUAUUUUUGAUCUAUCCAAUUUAUUCCAAAGUUACGUCCCACUUCAGAAAAAAAUGUAUUCGUGUUUGAUUAUUUUAAAUUCAAUUUUAGCUUUUAGCUAUUCUUAUUUGCUUGUUGAUAAAAAUGAGUCGUUAUCUCUGAUUUUUGCUGAAAACAACCACGGCAGAAGGGCCGUUGCAAUAUAUCCCCCCAACUGGAACUUCACAACUGUGUCUCCGGAUGAUUUGCCCCCUUAUAAUAAGUAUCUGCAGCCGGGAAAGCCUAGACUGACAUUUGGAUUCCACAUUGAGCAGAUGCGAACUGUUUCCGAGAUCGAGAAAAUAUUCUCUUUUGAUGCGAUUGCAACGGCCAGCUGGAUUGAUCCCCGCUUGCCCAAUUACCUAUCCAUCAGCCAAGAUAGCUGGAGAUGGACAGAUGAAUUAGAGCUUAAAAUUGAAAUCUUGGAUGAUAUCUGGCAUCCAGACAUCGAUUUUGACCCACUAGUCUCAGUUGAAGAAUCGGAAGCGGGAAGUAAGGUGUUUUUGGGUCAGAAUGGAGAAAUUAGAGUGGAAAAAUUUGGACGAUACACUUUCUCAUGUGAAAUGAAUCUACUGUAUUUCCCGUUUGAUCGGCACAAAUGCCAAAUUGUAAUUUCUGCCUACAAGAUUGACAUUGACUUAAGCAUAAUGUUCAACAAAUUGGAGCAACAAUUUUCGAUGAAGCCCGAUCAAGUUAUUGGCAACUUACAAUUCGACGACCUGGAUGUGUCCAGAGAUCACGAAAUAAGCGUCGCGGGAGUCGUCGAGUACACACUGUACAUGCAGCACGCACUCUUUUUGCGGAUGAAGCGCAACCCAAUGUUUUAUACGCUUACUCUGUUUGUACCAAACACAGUUCUCACAACUCUUAGCUGGGUGGUGCUGUGGGUUGACCCUGCAGCUCUUCCAGAGAGAGCAAGCAUAUGCAUAGCUCUCAUUCUCGCCCAGACCAUCCUAAUCAUAGGUGAGGAACAGAGCUUCCCGCAAUCGGCGGAUUUCAAGAUUAUUGACGCUUAUCUGAUUGUCAACUUCAUGAUGAAUGUGGCCUCUCUGGUUGAGACUCUGAUGGCCUCUUGUGCAAUAAAGAAAAUGGAAGCAAAGAAGACUCAGCUUCAACUGGUCGGAAGAGAAGACAAAAAGGCAACAGGAAAUAAACCAAAAAAUGAGUCAUCUGUUGACGACGUUUAUGACAACAAUAAUGAAACGAACGCUUUCGAACCCGUUUCGAAUCCUACAACUUCAAGAAAUAUUGAAGUAGAAGCUCUCAAAAACAACUCGAUCUUGAAAUCUACUGUAGAUACCCCCGACAGAAUCAGUAGAAUAAUGUUUCCUUUGGCCUUCUUAACAUGGAAUGUUUUGUUCUUUGUGUUAUCCAAACAUUUCGCUGAUAAAGCAUAUGAUGACAAUGACCUGCAACCAAUUUUUUCCCAAUUUUAAUAACUCCAAAGAGCAUAGAAGUAAUCUUCAAGUUUUGUUAGGCGUUCAUAUUUGGUUUUUCUCAACAUCACACGAUUCGUCAAAUUUGUAUCUGCUUUUUAACGCAGGUAAAUUUUGAAUAAAUGUUUCCUAAUUAUGACUUGAAAUUCCAGCAUAAUACGCGUCUGUGAAGUUUCGAUAUUUCAUAGAAUUUAAAUAACAGUUUUGUUAAUUUCAAAUUGUGCUUUAUAUAAAUAUAAACGUAGUAUUUCACCGUUCAUUAAAAUAGUCUCUUUCACUCCAUUGGUGUAAUGCAUUAUUUUCAUAACCUUCAAGUGAAGUAUCUAUUCCUCUCGUCUUCCCAUAUAUAUGUUGUAAAUAAACACGCAGAAACCUGGAUUCGGUUUGACCAAAAGGAGUGCUGUUUGCCAAACGAAUCAAUUACAAGGUUAAGUGAGAAAAGAUUUAUCAGCAAAACCUUCGCGCGCUUCAAUUUCUUUGCUUGAUAUUUACAAUUGCUUGAUAAUUUAGCAACUGCUUUUUUUUGUUAA